AUGGAGGCCUCAGGUGCUUUUACUUGCCACGUGGAUGGGAGGCUCAAUGAGAGAGAGAGGAUUGGAGAACUGGGGGCACCUGAAGUCUGGGGGCUGUCGCCAAAGGUUCCUGACCCCGAUUCCGAUGAGCAUACACCGGUAGAAGAUGAAGAGGCAAAAUCUAAGAGUAGUUCUUCAGAUUCCAGCUCAGAAGAGGAAAAAAAGAAAAAGAAGAAGAAAAGAAAGAAGAAAAAGCGAAAGGCAUCCAAAAGAAAACGCAGAAAACAUUCAGAAGACAGCGACAGCGAGUCAGAGUCCGAGCAGAACUCCAGUGAUGAAGACAAAAAGAAAAGCAAGAAGAAGAAAAAGAAGAACAGAAAGAAGAAGUAUAAGAAAAAGAAAAAUAAGAAGAGCAGGAAGGAAUCCAGUGAUUCCAGUAGUGAAGAUUCUGAUGACGAAACGUUUCAAGGGGAAGAUCUCUGGAUUGAGAGAUCAAAAAAUACAGAAGCUGAUAGCUUGAUUGGACCAGAAGCUCCCAAAACCCACGCGUCUCAGGAUGAUAGGCCUUUGAACUAUGGACAUGCUCUCUUGCCCGGUGAAGGUGCAGCAAUGGCAGAGUAUGUAAAAGCAGGAAAACGUAUACCCCGGAGAGGUGAAAUCGGCUUGACCAGUGAAGAGAUUGCAUCGUUUGAGAGCUCUGGUUAUGUCAUGAGUGGCAGCAGACAUCGCCGAAUGGAAGCUGUGCGUCUGCGUAAAGAGAACCAGAUUUACAGCGCAGAUGAAAAGAGAGCUCUGGCAUCCUUCAACCAGGAAGAGAGGAGGAAACGAGAGAAUAAGAUCCUUGCAAGCUUUCGAGAGAUGGUCUACAGGAAGACUAAAGGCAAAGAGGAAAAAUAAUUCUUUAUUUGAACUGUACACCAUAGAGACUACCAAGCAGCAGCUAAUCUGUUCCAGUCAUGAUUUGAAAAAAGCUGCAAGUGCUGCAGUGCCUUUCACCCAACAGGGCCAAGCCUCAGGAGUGGAUUAUUUGUAUCAAGGAAACAGUUACUUUUGGAUUUGUUCACCGUUGAAAAGGAAUCCCUGUAAAGUGAAAGGCUACAAGGCAGGGAAGGCUGGAGCAGGCAGGGAAGAUUAGAGGUAGCAAUGAAUCAGACAAGCAGGAGGAUUCCAUGGGAGAGCUUCGUUACCUGAUGCUGAUAAGUGAGAUUUUUUUCCAUUUAUUUUGAUUAAUAAGAGUAGACUGGCCAUCAGAAGCAAGCUACCAGUAACAGUAGCAAAAAUGAAGGAAUUCCUAAGUUCCUGUUUAAGACUGUCCGCUUAGAUUUAUUUUUUUUCAUGUCUUUUAUUUUUUUCUCAAAGCAGUUGAUCUUUCGUUUGUUGUUCAAACUGGACUUGUAAAUAGAAAAUUUGUAAUUUAAUACAGAUGGGCUUCAAUUACUUUAAAGCAAGCAGAUUGCAAUUGGGGUGUAAAGUAAUAGUAAUAGAAGGGUCUGAUUAUCAAUCCACCAAAGCCCGUGGGGAAGAACUAAGUUGCUUGCUUCUUUUUCUCCUAUGUUAUACAUAGGUAUCAGAGCAGUGGGGUGCAGUGGUUGGAACCCCUGCAUGUACGCAGGUGGUAACAAGGAUGUAUCUUUCAAUUUAUUUGAAUUUUUUUUUUGUCUGUGGAAGGGUUCUAGAUUAAAACCUUAUUUUAACUCCUAUGGUAUUUUAAUUUGGUAUGUUUCAGCAGUGUCACAUAGCUCUCUUUAAACUCCGUACUCAGAGGCCUACUCCAGGUAGUGCUUUUGUGGUGGCUAUCUUUGAUUCAACUGCAUCUUUCCAAAUAUACACCCCCUUAUUUUUCUCAAAUGCUUUUAAAAACAAAGUGUUUUUUAGAGGUUUGUUUUUUGGUUUUUUGUUCCACUAAAUCUCUGUGUUGUAGUUUUGGCAGCAGAGAUUGUCUUCUUGUAUGUUUGUAUAAAGAAAAUAAAAGUCCUAUAAUGUUUGCCCUGGG